AUGCUAAAGAUGUGGUAUUUUUUCCUGCUCUGUUGGCUGUCCUUGCGGCUUGAGGCUAAUCCUGGUCUUAAAGUGAGGAUUACUCAGAAGGGUCUGGACUAUGGUAUGAGACAAUCUGAGGUAAAGGUGAUGACCAAGAAUUUUCCAGGCUAUCCACACUGCAGGAGGAUUGGGAUGGAGCUCGUGAAGCAAGCAGUAUUGAAAGAGACCUUCCCAAGCUGGAGUGGGCAGGAGAGUUUGUCAGUUGUUAAGGUCAACUAUGUCAUUUCCAGGCUUAGAAUUAAUGCUGUAGAUUUCCCAGAAACUUCUGCUUCUUUUAUUCCUGGCACUGGCAUUUGCCUGUCAGUGUCACGGGCUUCUGCUACAAUCAGUGCAGACUGGAGAAUGAACGCAUGGCUGCUCAAAGGCAAAGGAGAAAUUACUGUGUCCAUCUCAGGACUGUUUAUUUCCAUUAUCUUCAAAGUGUCACGGGAUAGCACAGGCCACUUGUCCACAUUGCUACACAAUUGCCAGCUGAGCAUUGAUACUGUAAAAGUCAAGUUAAGUGGAAGAUCCAGCUGGAUCUACAGCUUUCUAUCUGGUUAUCUUGAGAAGCCUAUUCACACCAAAUUGGAUAAAAAUCUAUGCCUCAAUAUCAAACACAAAAUCCAAAUGGUGGAUGCAACACUUAGAAAGCAUAAGGUCUUAAGCCAGAUUGACGCCUUUGCACAAGUAGACUAUUCCCUAGUUAGCUCUCCAGCAGUCUUCAAAUCACACAUUAACUUGGAUUUGAAGGGCACAGUCUAUCCAGUAGGUAAUCACACAGACCCUCCCUUUGUGCCAGCUCCAUUUGCUCUCCCAAACCAGGGUGAUUCCAUGAUAUACCUGGGAGUCUCCAAUUAUUUUCUAAAGUCUGCUUCACUGGCUUACUACAAAGCAGGGGCCUUUAACAUCACCAUCUCCGAAGAGCUUGCUACUACCUUCAGCUUAAAUACCUCCCUACUCAAAUAUUUUGUCUCUGAGAUGUCCCUGAGUCAGGCAGCAGCGUGCCCAGUGCUGCUGAAGCUGAUGGCCACAUCACCGCCUGCAGUCAGUUUAAACGCAGACAGAUGUGUCCUACAGAUUACUGGCUCUGUAGAAGUGUCUGCUGCUCUGCCAAAUUCAACCACCCAGUACAUCUUUACAGGGAACCUAACAGCCAGUACCAGAGCCAAUGUGACAAUAACCAAAGAGAAGCUGAUUAUCUCAUUACUUCUGAAGAGGUUCCAGUUCUCCCUACUGCACUCCAGUCUUGGUUUCCCUGAGCAGAAGUCAGUGGUGGAGAAUUUUCUGUCAGAUGCUUUACGGAGAGUAGUAAUCCCAGUAAUCAAUGAUAAACUAGGAAAAGGAUUUCCUGUUCUUAAUUUGGCCCACAUUAGCCUGACUGGAUCUGCAAUAAAAAUGAAUCAGGGUCAUCUGGUUAUUUCCACUGAUGUUCACUACCAGCCAGAGGACAGGGAAGAUGAGGACCUCCACAGCCACUCCUGA